ACACCCUCAGCGAGUGAUCACGAGAGUAAUGUCGACCAUAGACAUUCUUGAAUUGUUUUCUCAAAAGUAUUUGGCACUGAAGUACUGGCAGUUCAAUGUCUUGGAUUUGUUAUGGCCAUAGAAGACCCCUUGAAAUCGCAUUCACCGGAAACAAUGUUGGAAAUUCAGAGUAACAAAUCGGAAGGAAUGAAAACCGAAAAGACGAGCCACAUUCAUAGUGGGCAUUUCAUGAUAAGCCGUGUACACGAUCCCGCUACUGACGAAUUCGAUGAAUAUGACGACAAGUCCGGUGAUUCUGUCGGAUACGAUUUUAUGGAAGCGACGAAAGAGACUUCUCAAACCUAUAGUUUUGGUCCAAGAAGCACAAGGACGCUUGCAAUCGACGCGUCGCUAACGAAGCUAUUCCAGUGUUUAACACUCGCGUACAGUGGGAAAAUUACAAGUCCAAAAUGGAAGCCGUUCCGUGGCAUGCACCUGUCAAUAAAGGACAAGAUCAGACUGAACAACAUCAUCUGGAGGGAAUGGCACCUGCAGUGUAAUUAUAUUUUUCAGAUGUUUUUCGGGAAAAUACCCAAUGUUUGCCAGUUUGCAACUCCGUUGUCAGACGACAUUCACACAAAGCCCGAGGCUGUUGUGUUGGAGGGCAAGUACUGGAAGAGACGGUUAGACACCGUUACAGCUGAGUACAAGAAAUGGAGGCGGUACUUCAAAGAACGAGUAUCUAGGAACCCCCCAGACUCACAGAUGCAAGAGGACGAUGAUUUCCCUCACCAGGUGGCAACCAUUGCUGAACUGCUGGAAAGGGUCAAGGAUUCCACAAUGAUCCCAAGACCGUCUCAAGCAUCGGCCACAGACUUACUGAUCACAAAUGAUUUCGAGGAGAUGGAUUUCACAGAUAAUCUUUUCUCGUCACUGAAGGAACCGUUUCAGUUUCCCAAUCCUCGUGAAUUGUCUCAACUCGGCUGUGCUGACCUAAUCCAGCCAGGACUGAUUCAACUGCAGCCCAACCUUGAGGACUUCAUGGAUGUGGACAGUGUGCACGAUAUGAUUAUGAACUCCUCUCGGACACAGAUGACCAACUUCCUGUCUGGAUCAACAGGCUCGCUUGAUAUCAUGCCUACAGGGUCUGCGUUGCAGUCAAGCAACUCUGACCCGAUGCAGGUUACCAUGACAGUGGAGCAGCAGCUAGCAGCCCUACAGCAGCAGGCCUACCCCGAUCCAACAGGAGUCCUGGAAUACCAGUUGUCUCAGGCACUUGGCAACACAGGAUCAUUUGGUCAGCCUAGCAGUGCUGGGAUGGGUCAGUCAGGCCUCAUUGUUGAUCUACAGACUGAUCAGUUUGGACAAAACACUGACUUCAUGCAGUCUAAUGUCAUGAACAAACCUGAAGUGAAGUCUCAGCCUAUAAUGGAGCAGUCCUCUACUCGCAGGGUUGCACAGGUGUUACCAAGUGCUCAUAUUGCUCCAACGUCAGUGACGUCAUCACAGGAUGUGCUCAGAAAGACAGGUGAUUCGGUGCCACGUAUGGCUACCAAGCCCCAAGCGGGUGGGGUUGGAGGAGGGUUAGUGCAGCAGGAGUUUGUGCCUCAGAAGAAGGAUGGUUUUGUUGUACCAAAGGGCAAGCCAGUCCAGACACCACGCAAGAACAGAAUCAUUGCCCCUGCCCCUCCUAUCAAUUCAUCACCGCCUUCAUCGUCCCCCUCAGUGCACAGUACAUACCUCGCCCAACUACUCACUAAAGGAACUUACCCAGGUGCAAUAAUCAGUGUAAAGAAGGAGCCCGUGUCAGGCCAGAUCACCACCCCCACCACAUCCCCCAGUACCACCACAUACCAGCCUAUCCGCCCUGCUGAUCCCACACGCUCCAACAGUAAACAGCCAUCCAGUCCAUCGCCCGGCAGCCCCGCAGUGGCUGUUGGGUCCUUAUCACCAGCACACAGUCCGUCGCCAGGAUUACCCAUAGAUCUUACAAAGGUGCCCUCUAGUUUCCCCACCAGUGUUCUAAUAGCAGCAGCCAGUCAGGCUUUCAGCACCAUUUCUACUGUCUCCUCCAGAGAUGUGCUGUCUAUGUCACCAAAACCAUCCGCUAAUAUCUUAACAGUCAGUCCUUUGCCACAAAGUCCGCCAUCCCCUCAGCUGGAUCUAUCGCCACGGCAACCACCUUCCCCACAAUCUGAUGUCAUGUCGCCUCUCUCUGGCAUGAUGAGCCCUGGCCAGGUGGACAUAUCUUUUGGGCUGGAGCCAGAGAAGGUUCAGUACCACGAACAGCGGAGGAUGGCCCACCAGUCUGCGGAGCAGAAACGGCGAUGUAAUCUCAAGAGUGGCUUCGACAUGCUGCAUACACUAGUGCCGGCACUUAGUGUCAACCCCAAGGUCAGCAAGGCAGCCAUGCUUCAGAAAACUGCUGAUUAUUGCAAGAAGCUCAAGUCAGAACGAAGUCAAAUGCAGAAGGAAGCAGAGAUUCUAAAACAAGAAAUAGAGUCUCUUAAUGCAGCUAUCAGUGUUGUCCAGUCACAGUUGCCUGAGACCGGUGUACCAGUUACAAGGCAGAGGGUCGACCAGAUGAAGGACAUGUUUGAUAGCUAUGUCCGAAACCGUACUCUCACCAACUGGAAGUUUUGGAUUUUUUCAAUAAUUAUCAGGAACCUUUUUGGUUCAUUCAACAACACAGUAUCAACGGCUAGUAUUGAAGAACUCUGUCGGACUGUGUUAGCCUGGCUGGACCAGAACUGUUCCCUUGUCUCGCUCAGGCCAACUGUUCUGAAUGCGUUACGGCAUUUAAGUACGACAACCAGUAUCUUGACCGAGCCGUCUCGGAUGAAGGAGCAAGCGACACAGGCUGUCACGAAGGAUUCUCAGUUAUCCUCCACACACACCAGGUCAUGAUAACUCUCUCUCUCCCAUUGGGAGAGGACUGGAAAAGAAAACAGACCUUUGCUGUCACAGUUUACAAACAGUGCUCAAAGAUGUAGUGGAGCUCACACUGACAAGUGUUAGUGGGACUUUAUGUUCAUCUUGUUUUGAACUUAUACCUUUAUCAGUUUUGAAGCUUGCCUGCAAAAUUUGAACUCAAGCAUUGAUGUAGUGCUGAAGCUUGUGUUUUUUGAGUGGUAUGGAAGAACAUCAGUCUCAAGAUUUGUGUCUUAGGCUUCCUUUCAAGAUUUGGGCUUGUUGAGUUUGAAUUGAAGUGAUGCUGAAGCUCCACCUUGUGGUGGGAGUAUGUUAGAGGCAAGGAGCACUAAGGUGACUCACCAGGGACUGUGGUGAGGUGUAUGGAGGGUGAUGAGAGUUGGCAGAUUGCAGAAGAACGAGGCGUUACAUACUGAGAGUGAGGAGAUGUAUUGAUGUGUCACUAGAAAAUCUGUACAUGGGCAGUUCCACAGAAAACAACUUGUCAAUAUGUUCAUUUAUAGCAGAAACAGUGGAUGUGUUCUUUAUAAUACUCGUAUCGCACUUCAAAAUUGUGCUUACAGAUUCGGGAUGUAAUCAAGAUCAGGGAUUUGUUGUUAAGUCAUGUGAGAGGAGACGAUUGUUUGGACUUUGGGGGGAAAUUUAGUUAGAAUAUUGCAGCCCAAGCACUGUUCCUGCUUUCACUGUUGCUCCUGUUCUAAUGGUGCUAUUACAACUGCUCUGUGUACAGUGGAGGCAGUGUUGUGACUCAUUAGUCGGCUGUGAAUGAUGCCUCUUUAUCUAGAAUGUGGUCUUAUUAAACUUCAAUCAUAGUGUCAUGUGAAGCUGGCAGUUGCCCUGAAUUUUUAUAUUUUGGUGACCUAUUACUGGAAGUGAAAGUUAGGUUUUAGAUGUCUUUGGGUUGAUCUUGAAUGAAAGUAAAUUUGUCUUGCUUUGAGUUGAAUGUUAGCUGAUCCAUCUUGGAUGUAUUUCUUUGAACUGACUCAAAUAUCCCACUGCACAUGGAAAGUUAUCUGAUAGUGGCUGGGGUUUGAUGACUAUCACAGUUGUGGCCUGAGCUCAGGUGAGACACUAUGGAUGCCUCAGUGAUUCCUCAGUGAUCAGUGGAAGAUCUGAACCACACUGAUUACAAGGGAGGUGACUUGAACAUAUGUUCAAACCAAGAACGUCUAAACAUUGCAUGAAUAAUGGCCAGGAAACUGGAUGGAACAUGAAUCAUGGCCAAGAAACUGGAUGGAACAUGAGUGAUGGCCAGGAAACUGAAUGGAACGUGAUUUAUGGCCAGGAAACUGGAUGGAACAUGAAUCAUGGCCAAUAAACUUGAUGGAACAUGAGUGAUGGCCAGGAAACUGGAUGGAACAUGAGUUAUGGCCAGGAAACUGGAUGGAACAUGAGUUAUGGCCAUAAAACUGGAUGGAACUUGAGUGAUGACCAGGAAACUGGAUGGAACAUGAGUGAUGACCAGGAAACUGGAUGGAACAUGAGUGAUGACCAGGAAAGAAGAUUGACCAUGAGUUAUGGCCAGGAAACUGGAUGGACCAUGAGCGAUGACCAGGAAAGAAGAUGGACCAUGAGUUAUGGCAAGGAAACUGGGUUGAACAUGAGUGAUGACCAGGAAAGAAGAUGGGCCAUGAAUUAUGGCCAGGAAACUGGAUGAAACAUGAGUUAUGGCCAGGAAAGUGGAUGGAACAUGAAUGAUGGCAAGGAAACUGGAUGGAACAUGAGUGAUGACCAGGAAAGAAGAUGAAACAUGAGUGAUGACCAGGAAACUGGAUGGAACUUGAGUUAUGGCCAGGAAACUGGAUAGAACAUGACUUAUGGCCAGGAAACUGGAUGGAACAUGAAUCAUGGCCAAUAAACUUGAUGGAACAUAGUGAUGGUGAUUGUGUGUUAAUGAGUUUGUGAUGGACUUAGUGUGACCUAUGUUCAUUAGAAAGUAUGGACACACAUUCGUGGCAUUGUAAACAGUGGUGCCUGUCUGUAUCACUGCAGGAGGGGUUGCUGUGCUGUCUGGGUGGAAAUAAUCUUUAUUUAUUUAUUUAUGGAUGAAUCAGAAUAUUGAAUAUUGUGUUAAUUGUGUUUAUUUUCUUCGGAAUUAUACUUAAUUUCCAUCCUCAGUAGCCAGAUGUAGUGUCUCAGAAAGAGGAUGUAUUCUACCCUGAAUUGUAAAAAUAAACCUUCUCUUUGAAUAAGCAGCUAUCUGAUCUUAUCACAUCUCCAAGGUCCUCGGAGGAAAGGUCACGUCUGUAAAGGCAUACAAGAUGUGCACUGUUGGGAUUAAUGAUGUCAUUUCAUCAGUAUCCAGCUUGUCUUUGUAAUCAGGUACAAACUGUCACGAUGCUUUUCCUUUGCACAGAUAAUCUGGGUGCAGUGUUUUCACUAUGUCAUUGUUUGAAACUUUUUGUUGAUUUUGGACAUUUCAGACUGGAAUUGUAUGUUAAAUGUCAGCAAUAAGCUUUAUGAAUUGUUUGUAUUACCUGUGAUCCAAGAUUCAUAAGACACAAUCUGUGGUCCAUAAGGCAGUAUCUUGUGAUCCAAGAUCCAUGUGACAUUAUUCUGUGAUCUUGAAUUCAUGAUUCAUGUCAUUAUUCUGAUAUGUAAUAAAAAAAACACUAUCCUAUUAUCUGCCACCCGUGAAUAAGGCAUUGUCCUAUGAUGAUAUGAUUUGUAUGAUCUUUGAGCCACGUUCCAUACUGCUUUAUUCUAUGAUCCAGAUGACAUUGUCCUAUGAUCUUGGAUCAGUGAUCCAUGAGGCAUUAUUCUAUGAUCCAUGAUGGAUAUGGCAUAAUUCUAUGAUCCAUGAUAUGUGGUUUGUAAGGCAUGAUUAACUGUUAUGUUUUCCCCAGUGUCUAUCAUUCAACUUUUUGUCCAGUCAGCAAUUAGCUUUCAGUAUUAUGUUACAAAGUUUCACAGUUAGGCUGGCUCACCGACAUGGUUGACACAUGUCAUCGUAUCCCAAUUGCGUGGAACGAUGCUCAUGAUGUUGAUCACUGGACUGUCUGGUCCAGACUCGAUUAUUUACAGACCGCUGUCAUAUGACUGGAAUAUUGUGCGGUGUUAAACAACAAGCCCACCAACCAACUAAGUUUGAGCCACCAUGAUUACGAGUAUUCUGGAAAGCUGUAUCCGCUGUAUAUCGGUACAAUCACAUCCAUAAUUCAAGACUUUUACUGUUAGAAAUGUUUAUGUAUGUUAUAACCCUACCAUGAUCAUGGGUUCCUCCAAAGCAGUACACACUGUGAGACUUCUCUUCAUCACUUCAGGCUUUGUUCCUACAUGAAACUCGGUUCCCAAUUGCGCAGAUCGAUGCUCAUGCUGUUGAUCACUGGAUUGUCUGGUCCAGGCUCGAUUAUUUACAGACAGCCACCAUAUAGCUGGAAUAUUGCUGAGUGUGGCGUAAAACUGAACUUACUCACUUACUCACUCCUACAUGAAACUGAUGCUUCAGGAUAUACCUGGAAUAUUGUCCAAAGCUGUCCAAUUAAUUUAUUAAACACUUUAAUAUUGCAGAUAAAAUGAUCGCACGUACAUUCUUAUCUAGAAUAGGAAAUCUUAUCUAAGAUAUUGAGUAGAGACCGGACAAAUUGAUAGGAAUGUUGGUAAAGAAUGAUGACCUUAUUGGUUGGAGUUAUCUCCCUUAUGUUCAUUUCCAACAUAAAACGCUGCCUCAGGGUUGGUGUAUAUGUGCUCACUGCUGUUGUAUAUCUAUCUAUAUGCGAAUCAGGGAUUUUGCUGUAAAAACAAGUUUUUUUUACUAAAUUUAUUAAAAUAUUUAUUGAGAUAUUUUGGGAGCUUAAGUUUUUGACAGUGAGUGACACUGUACAUGCAGAGCCUAUUUUCUACAUACUAAUCCCGAAAAAAUAUAUAGUCAUGGUUGUCAUAACAGCAGUUUUAAAAUUAGGUUGAAUAGUUAGGGAUUCUGUAUUCAUUUUUUGCAGUUUAUAGUAUGUAAGGUAUGCCUAUUUGUCAGUUAAUCACGAUGGAAAACAUCAGUAGUGAAUGAAAGCCAGUAAUAUGGUGCAUCCCUUCUUUCAAGUUAUGUGUUUUGAAAAUGGUGCUGCCUACUUAUAUGUUUUAGUCUAGGAUGUAACACACACUGACAGUUACAGUAUAGUGAAGCAGUGCCUUUUCUACUUAGUCGGGCGGUGGGGUAGCCUAGUGGUUAAAGCGUCUGUUUGUCGCGCUGAAGACCUGAGUUCGAUUCCCCACAUGGGUACAGCAAGUGAUGUUUAUUUCUUGUAUCCCCCACAGUGAUAGUGCUUGGAAUAUUGCUAAAAGCGGCAUAAAACUAUACUCACUCACUUCUACUUCGGACUUCUUGCACUUGAAAUGUUUAGUUUUAGACUCUUUCAUGGAGUGAAGUUAGGUAUAGAUAAAGUUGAGCCUGUCUCCAAAAUAUAUCUCCAAAUGUCCAGUAUGUUUGUUGUAUUGAGGAGGAGGGCCAUGGUUUCCUUGUUCCAGCUGCUUUUGUCUGGAUGUCUUUUUAAUUGUGGUAAUACAUAUAUGUUUUUAAUAUAGGUGUUAAGUGUCAUGGGAGAAUACAGUAAUACAGAAGGGCAUUGUAACUGUUUUCUUGUUAGUGCCGGAUAGAAACCUUUAAGGGGUGCUUUCUACCUAGUAUGUUCAGUUGACAGUAGUUUUAUUGCAUCAAGAAAGACAGUGUUUAAAGGGGACUAGGUGUGGUGCAGGUGGCAGUUCUUGCUAGUUUGUCAAAGUUGGUGAAAAGUCUUUCUGUGUGACUUGCACUGAGAUGCCCUCUGAUGUUUGUGCACCGGUAGUAAGGACUAUGAGAUGAUCUCAGUGAGACAGGGCACUUCACACCCUCAUUGUGUGCAUGUGUAAGUGUUUUGUUUUUAUAAAUCUAACAAUUCAUAAUAAUCCUGUGGAGACUUACACAGUAGUUUGACAAGGGUCCUAAAUAUUCUGUGCAGAGUUGCAUCCGUUGCAAGAAACCCAUGAUGAUGGGUUGAAAUCCCAGAUAUGCCAUGACUGUGUGUCUUGGUAUUCAGCUCCAUACCUUUUGACUUCAUCACAAACAGUAAGAUCUUGAUUAGCAUUUUAAAGUUGUACGUUUAAAUUAACAACAGAGGAGAUGUAGUGUAUUGACGAUAAUAUAAGGUUAGGCGCUCUACUGCUGUGUCAGACUGAGAUCUUACAAUGUGAGUUACGUCCCCUUGUAUCACUCUUGUUGAGAAAGGUAAUAAACAGCCAAGCACACGUUAUAUCAGCACACUCCAUUUGUUCUGUGGUAUAUUGUUAUGAAGUUCCGCCAAGUCUAAGAACAUAACACAGUCCUUCAUAAAUAAAGGCUUUGCUCCACCUUAGGCUGAUAGGUGGUCGUGUACAUGAAGUGUACGUCAGUGCAGGGAUAAACCCAAGUCACUCUACCAAACAUAGAUGCCAGGCAAAUGAGUCCCUGUCUUGUGUAUUAUACAAUCCCCAA